UGUUAGUUCUCUUUUAAGGCAUUAUUUCAAUGAAUUUAUGAAUGUUUUCUGUGCCGUUCUGUUGCGAAAUGAUUCGUUAAAGACCAAAAAAUCACAGGACAUUAAAAUGUCAGAUGUUGAGGCCAAGAAACGCAAGCUUCCAGAAUGGUUGAAGCGUUCCAGUCAGUCCGAUAUAGUUCAAACCCUUAGUGUUGAUUAUGCUAGUCUUUCAAUGGACAAACCGGGCAGAACAUUACCUUCUAGUUUUUAUGAAGGAUUCAAUGAUGCCAAAUUACCACUGCUUAAAUACAAUGGCAGAAUAAUCUAUUGCUUGCAUAAAGAUGAAUGCAAUUUCAUUUGUGACAGCCUUAUUACAAGUGCUCAAGAAGAGACAGUGAUGGGUUUCGAUAUGGAAUGGAGAGUUUCAUUCAUAAAGUGUGGUGGUUCCAGGAAGACUGCCCUCAUUCAGUUAUGUGCAUCAGAAGAUACUUGUUAUUUGUUUCAUCUAUCAAGAAUGUCUGGUUUUCCAAGUGCUUUGAAGUUGCUUUUGGAAAAUGACAAAAUAUUAAAGACAGGAGUUGGAAUUAUAAGUGACAUUGGAAAGCUGUCAAAAGAAUUUGAUGUCAAUCCAAGAGGUCUUGUUGAUCUAUCAGUGCUAGCAAAUCAGCAACUUAAUUCAAAUGAAAACUGGAGCCUAACAGGCCUUGUUAUGAAUCUGUUUAAGCAGCAGCUAAACAAAGACCAUAACAUUCGCUGCAGUAAUUGGGAAGUAACACCUCUGUCAAAGGAGCAACAUGUAUGCUGCAAUCGAUGCAUUUGCUGGAUUGAUGGUUUACAAAAAUCUGAAGUCAAUAAAAUAGAAUGACAAAGGUACUUAAUAGAGUAACAGGGAAAGGACAAGACAGUAGCUGAAGGUGAUAUCUUUCCUUUCUGUGAGAAU